AUGAGCACGACAUCAAGACGGGAACCCCCAGACCUGGCAGCAUUGCUGCGCCAGAAGAAGGAACAGGAAGCCACCGCGGCGAAACCAAGAUUCAUCCCCAAAAAAGAACGCGAGAGGCUAGAGGCCGAAAAGAAGGCGAAGGAGGAAGAAGAGCGCAAGCGCAAGGAAGAAUCCAAGUCUCAACCAAAUGGAACACACAACGGCAACCGCAACCGCAUGGAUGGUAUCCAGAGCCAUCACCAUCACAACCCCCAACGACACAUCCCAACCGGUCCCAAGGCAAUGCGAUAUGACGAAGACUGGGACCCCAACGGCAUGAGCAACGGCCGCGACUACAGAGACAACCGCGAUAACAGGGACAACCGAGAUAACAGGAACCAACGUGGCGCAAAACGCGGCGCACCCAACGAUGACGAAGACAAGCGAGUCAAGAUGGAGAAGAACGACGAGGCAGAGCUGCGCGCCCGGUACAUGGGGCCAGUAGUCAACCAAUCCACAUUCUCAGCCAAGAAGAAGAGGAGGAGGACGGCAGCAAACAAAUUCAACUUUGACUGGGAUGCCGAUGAUGACACCAGCCGACCAUUCGACCCCAUCUACGCAGAGCGUCAAGAGCCUCUGGUCAGACUUGGGGGUUACGAGAUGACGGAAGAGAUGAUUAUGCGAAAGGCCGAAGCCAUUCGUCGUGGCGAUCCCGAGACGGGCGAGGAGCGUGCCAGGCAAUACCUCGAGCAACACAGACGCAUCAAGGAGACGGAACAGCGCAAGAACCUGGGCAAGCACUGGUCCGAGAAGAAACUGGAGGAUAUGAAGGAGCGCGAUUGGCGUAUCUUCAAGGAGAACUUUGGCAUUGCUACCAAGGGCGGCGCAAUUCCCAACCCCAUGCGCAGUUGGGACGAGUCGACACUGCCUAGGCGUCUUCUCGAUAUUGUCAAGAAUGUGGGUUACGACGAGCCGACGCCUAUUCAGAGAGCUGCUAUUCCCAUCGCUCUUCAAGCACGCGACUUGAUCGGUGUGGCUGUGACCGGUUCCGGUAAAACAGCAGCUUUCUUGCUGCCUUUGCUGGUUUACAUUUCCGAGCUACCACCUCUUACCGAGUACAACAAGAACGACGGCCCAUAUGCCCUUAUUCUGGCGCCGACAAGAGAACUGGUACAGCAGAUCGAGAGCGAGGCAAAGAAGUUUGCCACACCGCUCGGGUUUACGGUUGUCAGUAUUGUCGGUGGUCACUCGCUCGAAGAGCAAGCGUACGCUCUACGAAACGGCGCCGAAAUCAUUGUCGCCACACCUGGUCGUCUGGUGGACUGUCUCGAGAGACGCCUGCUCGUCUUCUCUCAAUGCUGCUACACGAUUAUGGAUGAAGCCGAUCGCAUGAUCGACCAAGGUUUCGAAGAGCCGCUUACGAAGAUCUUGGACGCCAUGCCGGUAACCAACGAAAAGCCAGACACGGACGAUGCGGAGAACCCGCAACUGAUGAGCCGAUACGUGGACGGCAAAGAUCGCUACAGACAAACCAUGAUGUACACGGCCACCAUGCCUCCAAUCGUGGAACGCAUCGCCAAGAAAUACCUACGUCGUCCGGCCAUCGUCACGAUCGGAAACGCAGGCGAGGCCGUCGACACGGUCGAGCAGCGCGUCGAGUUCGUGGCCGGCGAAGAUAAGCGCAAGAAGCGUCUGCAGGAGAUCCUCAACUCGGGCCAGUUCAAGCCGCCCAUCAUUGUUUUCGUCAACAUCAAGCGCAACUGCGACAUGGUGGCGCGCGACAUCAAGCACAUGGGUUUCUCGGCGGUCACUUUGCACGGUUCCAAGACGCAGGAGCAGCGUGAGGCGGCGCUGGCGUCGCUGCGUAACGGGCAGACGGAUAUCCUGGUGGCCACCGACCUGGCGGGCCGUGGUAUCGAUGUCCCCGACGUCUCGCUGGUCGUCAACUUCAACAUGGCUACCAACAUCGAGUCCUACACGCAUCGUAUCGGUCGUACGGGUCGUGCGGGCAAGAGCGGUGUGGCUAUCACGUUCUUGGGCCCCGAGGAUAAUGAUGUGUUGUAUGACUUGAGGCAGAUCAUCUCCAAGUCGUCCAUCUCCAAGGUGCCGGAUGAGCUCAGGAGACAUGAGGCUGCGCAGAAUAAGCCACAGAAGGGACAGAAGAAGUUGGAGGAGAGCAACGGGUAUAGCGGAAAGGGCGGGUCAUGGAACUAG